AUGGCUUACGCAACGACAUCUCACGUUCGAAGCUCAGCACCAGUCCCAGCACCCAUCAAUACCAAUAUGACCAUGAAGGAAGACGCGGCGCGCCAGACAUCCGCGGAGCCGCCCAAGACCACCAAGCGGAAGGGAACACGAAGCGUGUCUACCUUGACACCCUCACAGCUUGCUCGUAAGAGGGCGAAUGACCGUGAGGCGCAGCGUGCCAUCAGGGCGAGGACAAAGGAGCACAUCGAGCGCCUCGAGCGGGAGCUAGAGGACCUCAAGGGCAAGCACAACCGAGACGACACGGUGCAGGACCUGAUCAAGAGGAACAAGGCCCUCGAGACCGAGCUCAAGCGACUGAGGGAGAGUAUGGGAAUCCCACACACUGACCCGUACCCAAAUUCUGUCUAUGAGCAAGGACUUCCGUCAAUGCCUAGCUCUGGCAUCCCAAGCCGGUCUUCGUCUUAUGGCCACUCGAUCAGGGCGUCGCCAGAUGGAUAUGGUUAUUCUCACAUUCCAACGCCUGAGCCAACCGAGCCGUGGGCAGCUUCCAUUCCAGUCACUGUGCCUUCGACCGUUUCGAGCCCCUCGUCAUCGGGACCCAUUGAGGAUUAUGGGUACAUGCCCACGAGCGUGCCGGCUCCCCUGAUGGAUGGAGUUCCCGUGGCUCCCACCAGCGCACCGUACCACAAUGAUGUGGAGUAUGAGGAUGGCGUCGACUCAGAUCACGGUUUCCACAGACCAGCUUCAAACCACGUUUCCCUGCCCCAGUCUUACCCGAUGCACCAUCACCAACACCAGCAAUGGAACAACAUGUACGGUGUUUACUACCCGCAAUCACCUUCGUUGUGA